GAAUGUAAAGUGUUUUUUUAAACAGUAAGGAAUAUAUCCAGCAACAUGAAGAGUCUAGGGAUUUUAGUAUUCAUCUUAGUUGCGAUACAGGGUGAAAGUGCGGAAUCUCCUGAUGAGAUACCAAGCACUCCAAGCGUGCCCUGGUUGGUUCACCUUCGUUUCACGCGUUUGUCACUCAGAGGUAAAUUAGAUACCUGUGUUGGGGCUCUCUACAACGACAGAUGGGUUCUUACUGCAGCUAGCUGUUUGAUGGAGGACAUUGAGGGUUAUAAUAUUACGUCUCGCUACAUCUGGAGUCGCUUCGAUACCAAGCAUGUCUUUACACCAGGCUUCGUGAUUGAAUCUCUGGACGUAAUAACCCACCCUCAGUUUGACCCCAUAACUUUAGAGAAUAACCUUGGACUUCUUGACCUCAAUAGGCGUAUUGAAUUCACGGACAAGAUUCAACCUAUUGAGUUGGCAGAAAGUGACGAUCAACCUCCUUCAUCUGGCCGGGUUUGCAGUUAUGGCGAAAAAGAUGGGAAAUUUGGUGAAGAUCUAUUCUGCGUGGACGUCACAGUAACUGAGGCUGACGGUCUUCUUAUUGCACAGAGCAGUGUCAAUGCUUCCAAGUAUGAUAUUGGGGCCGCUUUAGUGUCAGAUGGCAAGGUGCAUGGUAUACUUGUACGAGCUGCUGAUGACAACUCAGCUGGAGCUUUCCUCCCCACCUCUAAGUUCUUGUCCUGGAUAGAGGACGUGACAAACGAGAAGGAACCUGACAGUGAGGAGACUUUGGAGGUCGAUGAUAAUGACGUCCUUGUAGCUGAAUGAAACGGGCUUAUUUAAUGAUACAUUUUGUUAUAGUAUAUAUGUAAAAUAAAUAAUUAUACUAGAAAAUACGCGCUCAAGGAGUUCUAGAGAGACUAAAAACUCUUAUCCCCAACUUUUAUACUACUGAAACUAGUGAUUCGUGUGUCCUUUUUUUUAGUCCUUUUCAUUGUCUACAUAUGGCUUAAUUGCUUGUUUUGUUCUAUUCUUUAUGGUAAGUGAUUUUAUAUCUUAUGUCGUUUUGCACUUCUGGCGCUAACCUUAUUUAAUUUUAAAAAAUUCUUUCCUCACACUGCCUGGAAGAGAUCGCUUGCAAGCGAUAAGGAUAAGGUAACUAUUAUAACUAUAAUGCAUUUUUUGCAAGGUGGUGUAAAUAAAAGAGCAGAAUGUUUAAAAUUGUCAUUGUAGAGGAGAACUAAAGGGAUAUUAACUUGUUUACGUUGUUUCUAAAUAUAAUUUUGUAUUAAAAAGUGUUUAAAAUUGUAUCAAUAUUAAAAGCCUGAAAAUAGU